AGGAGAAGAGAGGGGGUGACCCGCUGCCUCAAUCAGCCACAUGCUGCUCCAGCAGACACCACGGCACCGAUGCUGAGCCCGAGGAACAGGGCAUCGCUGGCCCCCAACCACGUGCAGGAGGUGCACCUGCACCACGUGGAGUCCAUCAGUGACCUACACAGUGGAGGCUCACUGCGCCCCUCCCUGGCCGAGGAGGCACAGCCAUGGGACGAGCUGCUGGGCAUCCUGCCACCAUCACUGUGUGCCCAGUGCGGCUGCAGCCCCAUGCACAGCCGAGGGGGCUUCCUGCUGCUACUCACACUGCUGGUGUUCACCUGCCUGGUGCUUGCCGUCCUGGCCGUCUACCUGAGCGUGCUGCAGAGUGAAUCCCUACGCACGCUGGCGCACACACUGCGCACACAGGAGGAGAUGCUUCUCAAACUCCGGCUGGCCAGCCUCAGCCAGCUGCGCAGGCUCAACUCCAGUGAGGCCCGAGCACCCAGCUGAGAUGUCACUUGGACCUGGGGUCUGGGGGGUGUGUGUAGGGGGAUAAAGUGGCCAUUGGCAGGCUUCUCCUCUCCCACUGCUGUACCACUCUCCUUCCUCAGUAAACAUUCUGUAAGAGUCUGAUCUGGCCCCACAGCUACCUGCCUCUCCUGGCUUGUUCGGGCCAAGCCUAGCCAAGGCUUCUGGUGCCAAGACCCUGCUCUGGGUGGCCUAAGGUCAGAGGAAGCAAUACAGCCUCCUGGUUCCUGCUGUGGCCUAUCAGCACUUUCUAGCCUCCCCCAGAUAGCAGGUUCAGAAGUCUAGAAAUAGCUGCCCCUACCCCAGUCACCCAAACUCUGCCAGGCCUCCUGGUGGGGGUCCACCUUCAGCUCUCAAGACAGGCUGAGCUCUGAGUAGGAGGAA